CGGUUUGGCAGUGCAGAAUGUUUUUGGUGACGUAACCAUAAAUGGCUGGGCAGGAACACUGCGAUAUAUGGCCCCAGAGAUCUUGUGCGGAGCGGACUACAACACGGCUGUGGACUGGUGGUCAUUCGGGAUCACCAUUUGCAGGAUGGCUUCCAAUAUGUUCCCAUUUUAUGGUGCAAAUGAUUAUGAUUUGAUCAUCUAUGAGGAGCCCAACAUACCUGAAUGGCUGCCUGAAGAUCUGAAAGACCUUUUGAAAAAGCUCCUGAAUAAACAACCUUAUGAUCGCCUGGGUGUGCAUGGAAAUAUCAGACACCAUCGAUUUUAUUCAUCUAUUAAUUGGCUGGAACUUGAACAACAACGGAUACCACCACCUUUCCAGGUAAUAUGAAUA